AUGGCCAAACAGACAAAUGUGGCUCGUCACUUCUCGCUGAAGGCUAUCCAACCGUGCGAGGAGUUCGAAGACUCGGGCACUAAGAGCGUCCAAGUCCUGCCCAAUGGUGUUGAGCUGGAUGGCAUGCUGACCCAAUCAAAAUCCCUGCUGUAUGAGAGCAGAGCAAAUUCUGGAGCUGCACAGGCCAUCGACGGCAUCAGAUACGCUUCAGGUGUAGGUGAUACAUACUGCUCCAUCACAUCAUACCAGCUCAACCCGUGGUGGAGACUGGACCUGCUGGAUUCUUACUACAUUUACAAAGUGACCGUCACCAACAGAGGCGACGACUAUUUGGAUCAAACGACUGGAGUAGAGAUCCGCAUCGGAAACUCUCUGGAAAACAACGGUAACAACAAUCCCAGAUGUGGUGUCACUUCACUUGCCCCAGCAGGCAGUUCUGUCAGUUUCUCUUGCGGUGGAAUGGAAGGUCGUUAUGUGAACAUGUACGUUCCUAACAUCCAGAGAAAUCUCGCGCUGUGUGAGGUGGAGGUUUAUGGAACAGAUUUGGCAGUACGGACUUCAGCAGAGAAAGAUGAAAGUAAAGACUGA